AACACAACACACAAUCCAACAACACUUGCCUUACAGUGUAAUCACAACUACUGUACUCUAAUGUGUUGAUAGUGUGGACUGUCUGUAGUGUUGAAGGCAUUGAAACAAACUUUGGGAGAGAAGUGCCAACAAAACCAAACACAACAUACAGUCAGUCAUACAGUGUGUAUAGCAUUGAAUGUAUUGAAUAUCUAAUAAAAAACUUUUCGGUCAUCACUUGUUUGUUGUGUUGUUAUUGUUGUUGUAGUUGUAGUUAUAGUUGAUUAUUGUUGUUGUUGUCCUCCAACUAACCCAAAACCAAACACACAAUGACUGUCCCAUCAAUACGUAUAUUAUUAUUAUUAUUAUUAUUAUUAUAGUGAUUGUCAUCAAUAGAUAAUUAUAAUAAAACCUCAUUCAGUGUCUCUGUGUGUUUGUCUGUCCCAAACAACUCUCAACCCAACCAACUGAUCCAAACAUGUUUUUUCCAAGACGUCGCGGACUAUACAUUAGGAUAAUAUUGUUGAUACCGUUUACGUGGCUAUUGAUAACAUUAAUAUUUUCAUUGAACCAACGCAUACCUUCAUCAAAGUCGGCACCCGAUAGUAGUGGUGGCAGUGGUGCUGGUGGUGGAGGACAACCAGCACACGCACAACCAUUGGUAGCCAAUGAUCAACAACAACAACCACAACUACCUGUCCGAUUGGACAGUGGUGUAGAUAAUAGCAAUAUUAACAGUAAUGAUAAUAAUAAUAAUGUAAAUAAUGAUAAAAAUAGUAUUAAUAAUAUUGAAAGUAAUGUAAAUAUGAAUAAAAGGCCAAAAAUGAAUAAAAAGUCUCAAUUAGUGAGAGAAAAGAAAGAAGAGAUGGAAAGAGAAGCUGUGAUACCGGCGCCCAAAGACUCGUCCAGUUUUGGCGAAAUGGGUAAACCAGUGCUGUUGACGAACGUAUCGCAAGAAAUCCAGCGAAAGAUAGACAAAGGAUGGGAAAGCAAUGCAUUCAAUCAAUACAUCAGUGAUUUGAUAUCAAUUGAUCGCAAAUUGCCUGACGUUAGAGAUCCACAAUGUAAGAAAAUUGAUUACUUACCUAAAUUGCCGGACACGUCGGUCAUCAUAUGCUUUCACAACGAGGCCUGGAGUGUAUUGUUACGGACUGUUCACAGUGUGUUCAACCGAUCGCCAAAACAUUUAAUUAAAGAAAUCAUUUUAGUCGAUGACUUCUCCGAUCAACCUCAUUUAGCACAACAAUUAGAGGAUUAUAUGACAAAACUGGGAAAAGUAAAGAUAGUUCGCGCCAAACGACGAGAGGGCCUAAUCAGGGCCCGACUAUUGGGUGCUUCAGCGGCUACCGGUCAGGUACUUACAUAUCUGGACUCGCAUUGCGAAUGCACUGAGGGAUGGCUCGAACCGUUACUUAAUAGGAUAGCUAUAAAUCCGACAACCGUUGUCUGUCCAGUGAUUGAUGUGAUCAACGACAAGACAUUUGAGUAUCACUACAGAGGUGAGGCCACUGCCGUCAAUGUCGGCGGUUUUGAUUGGAAUCUCCAAUUCAAUUGGCAUUCAGUACCCGAACGGGAAAAGAAAAGAAGGAAAUACCCGACCGAUCCCGUCUGGUCGCCAACAAUGGCCGGCGGUUUGUUUUCCAUAGAUAAGGCCUUCUUCGAGAAGUUAGGCACUUAUGAUAAUGGCUUUGACAUAUGGGGCGGUGAGAACCUGGAGCUAUCGUUUAAGACCUGGAUGUGUGGCGGAACUCUAGAGAUAGUUCCCUGUUCUCAUGUGGGCCAUGUCUUCCGGUCCCGAUCUCCAUACAAGUGGCGAUCCGGAGUUAAUGUACUGAAACGUAACUCAAUUCGUUUGGCAGAAGUUUGGUUAGACGACUACAAAAAGUAUUACUACCAACGCAUCGGUGACGACCUCGGUGAUUUUGGUGAUGUUAGUUCACGCAAGGAGUUACGCAAACAGUUGAGCUGUAAAUCGUUUGACUGGUAUAUCAAGACUGUAUAUCCCGAACUGUUUGUUCCCGGAGAGGCUGUUGCAUCGGGAGAGAUCCGAAACCUCGGCGGCGAUUCGCCCUCCAAGAUGUGUGUCGACAGUCCGGCACGAAAAAGUGAAUUUCAUAAACCUAUUGGUCUCUAUCCGUGCCAUAAUCAGGGAGGAAAUCAGUAUUGGCUUUUCAGUAAAGAAGGAGAGAUUAGACGAGACGAGGCGUGUCUCGACUUUGCCGGCAAAGAUGUUAUACUAUAUCCAUGCCAUGGAUCCAAAGGCAAUCAGCACUGGAUCUAUAAUAAUGAUUUGCAUCAAAUAAAACAUGUGGUCAGCGGAAAGUGUCUGCAAAUGUCUAACAAUAGAGAAAAGCUACUCAUGAAGGAGUGUUCACAACAGGAGUCGAACCAGAAGUGGAAGUUCUCGACCUAUGAUCCGUCCAAAGCUGCCAAAGAUGGUGAAGACGAUGACAACAAUAACUUGAAAUAAUCAUAAUUUUGAAAGAAACACGUCUUUAACAUACAUUUUCUUUAGUGAUUUUUUAUUAUUAUUUAAUUAAUUGAUUUUUUUAUUUGUUUAAAAAAACUCCUAUUUUAUGAAAUAUAUGUUAUAUAGUGUUGUUUGCAAUUUUAAUGUUUGUGUGAAGACAUCGGAAAAAUUUGUUUAUUGUUAUCCAUUCAGACACACAAAUACUGAAUAUCCGACAAAACAAACAUCUAUUCAUCAAAAAAAUUUUGUUACUGUAUUUGCUUAGUAAACGAAAAAUUAUCAUAACAUCUAAGGUUUUUUUUAUCUACACGAAUGACUUUAUUAUUAUUAUUAACAUUAUAUUUAU